AUGACAACCACUCCUCCACCCCCCGAGAACAACGGCUCUCUCCCUUCCCACAUCGACGUAGACGUAGCUGCCACACCGCGACAGGAGCACUACACAUCUUCCGACCCGUCGUUAACCUUCUCGCCCCAGGACUCAAACUCGCCCUCGCGCGCAAUAGGGGACGAACGAAACUCGGGCACCCCUCCUCUAUCUCAGUCACAGCUCUACGGUAACGGCGGUGGGAUGAACAACUUUACUUCGGCCGCGGCUGCGGCAGGUGGGCAAGGGGCGGAGGCCAAGCGGAACAGCGUGGUCAUCAAGGUGGGGAUGGUGGGGGAUGCGCAGAUUGGAAAGACGAGUCUGAUGGUAAAGUACGUAGAGGGUAGUUUCGAUGAGGAUUAUAUCCAGACUCUUGGUGUAAAUUUCAUGGAGAAGACGAUAUCCAUCCGCAACACGGAGAUCACAUUCUCAAUCUGGGAUCUCGGCGGCCAGCGGGAAUUCGUCAACAUGCUACCACUCGUGUGCAACGACGCCGUCGCGAUCCUCUUCAUGUUUGACCUGACGCGGAAGAGCACUCUCAACAGCAUCAAGGAAUGGUACCGGCAGGCUCGGGGAUUCAAUAAGACUGCGAUCCCGUUCUUGGUGGGGACAAAGUAUGACCACUUUGUAAAUUUCCCGAGGGAAGACCAGGAGGAGAUCUCGAAGCAGGCGAGGAAAUUUGCUCGGGCGAUGAAGGCGUCCUUGAUCUUUUCGAGUACGAGUCAUAGCAUCAAUGUGCAGAAGAUCUUUAAAAUCGUACUAUCGAAAGCUUUCGACCUGAAAUGCACCAUACCAGAGAUCGAACACGUCGGGGAGCCAUUGCUGCUGUAUCAGGAUGUGAUGUAA